CGUUGUUCCAGGAAGUUCUUUCAACUGUUCUAGGAAAUUAUCUAGAUAGUGUUAGUAGAUACAAUAUACAGGAAAAUCCCUGCGAGUUUUCAAGUGGAAUUGACGACAAGCAUGUGAGAAGCAUGGGAGUUAAUGGAACCGUUGACAAGGGAAGGCAUCCCUUGAAAUUGACUGGGUUUAUACCCUAUUGAUUUUACUGGCAACUCACAAACAGGGAUGCUGUGGGUGGUGUUGAGCUUACAACGUUGUGUAUUGAUUCCCUCCAUCUCCAUUGUUGUGUAUGGUUGACAUUCUCCAUCAAUAUUGUUGUGUGUGGAUCAUACCUUUUCUGAGACUCGCAAAGCAUCAUCCUGAGCGUGAAUUAGAGAGGAUAACGAUUUGAUUUUCAUUGGAAACUUUAUUUGUGGACUUGAUGUUACAAGGAGCAGCUAGAAAUUGUGAUUUGCUUUGCCAGCACAGACAAAUAUAGACAGAAUUGUAAUACAUUGCGUACCAGCACACAUGCAAUACGGAACAAGGAUGUUAAAAAGAGACUAUGAUUAUUACUAUUACAAAUGUUAAGUGAUUUGGGAAAGCAGGAAUAAACUGCAUACAAAACAAAUAUAAAAUAGUUAGAAAAAUAGAAAUUUGAAAGUGGAUACUUGUGCAUCAUCCCACAAUAAUAAUUGGGCAAUAGGCAAUAAUAAUUAUUAUAUGUGUCAAAUAUGUGUCAAAAGAUAAAUUUAGUGAAUACAAGACAGUUGUUUAGAUGACAAUCACUUGAUGUUAAGCAGUGUAUCAACAAACUAGUGAAGAAAAUCUAAUCCCAGCUAUUUUAAUGAUAAACAAAUUAAGACUUUGCAAGAUGACAAUAUUGAAUCCUUCUGUAAGUGGAUGCUGUCUGUUAGCAGUCAGUGUGUUGACGGUACUUGCGGGUCCAGUAACAUACCUAGACCAGGAAGAUCUGAGCAGUAGCAAUUUCACAUGCUGUGAUGGUCAUUGCCACGACAAAACAAAUUUUGUGAAUUACAACCGAUACCUUGUAUUGGCGCCAGAUGUCCUCUAUGUUGGAGCAAUGAACUACUUGUAUCAGUUGAAUAAAAAUGAUUUGACCUGUACAAAAAAUCGGUCAUUACCAGCAGACGAAGAAACUAAAAGACGGUGCAGACUGCAAGGAAAAACAGAUGUGCCUGACUGCCAGAACCACAUUCGAGUCAUCAUGGAGAAUAAUAAUCGUAGCCAGCUAUUUGUGUGUGGGACCGGGGCCUACUUUCCCACCAAAUAUUCCCUCAAUAGGAUCACCAUGCAGUUCAUGCAAAAUCAAGCAAAUUUUACAGAGACGGAAAGUAGUGGUAGAGGAAAUGGCAUCUGCCCAUUUGAUCCAAAUGAUAAUGCAACAUCCUUGUACACAAAUACAGGAAACCUGGGAAAUGGGUCUGCAAUGUACUUCGGCACCUACUCCGACUUCCUGAAGAAUAAUCCGGUGUUCUUUCGACCAAAAUUUGUCGGGACAGACGGCAUUGAGCACACCGACAAGAGUACCGACCAAGAUGACUCCAAGUGGCUCAAUGUCCCCCAGUUCGCAGGCACAUUCGAUGAAGGGAACCAAGUUUUCACAUUUUUCAGAGAAAUUGCCCUGGAGUUCCCGGAUCCGUUAGUGAAAAAAACAUAUGCAAGAGUAGCCAAAGUGUGCAAGCAAGACCUUGGGGGUGGCUAUAUGAACAAGAAAAAAUGGCUGUCAUACCAGAAGGCAAGGCUUAAUUGCUCGCUGCCAGGCCGUGACCCAUACUACUUUGAUGAUCUCUAUGAUAUCUACAAAAGUGGAGACCAGUACUUUGGGCUGUUUUUCAAGCAUGGGGCUGACCUCAACUCCUCAGCCGUCUGUGUGUUCAGCAAGGCACGGAUAGAAGAGUCCUUUAAUGGCAAGUUCAAGUACAAGGAUGGUGAUAUGUGGAAGACAGUUCCUGACAACCUCAAUCCUAACCCAAGACUUGAUAAUUGUACAGCGCACGACACUAAUCCGGGCAUAUUUGAAAACCGUGUUUCGGAAUAUCAGCUAAUGGACAAGAACGUAGAUAUGGAAUACGAGGGACCAAUAUUCUAUAAGCGUGGUGUACAGUUCAUGAAGAUCGUUGUCGGGCCAGAGUUCAAUAAAAGUAGAAACAUCUAUUUGGCUUCAGAUAAGGGAAGUGUGCACGACAUUUUUAUGAAGACGUUUACCAGCGGCAAGCCAAAAUGUACAGAAAAUGCAGUGUACAGGCCUUUGAAGAAAGAUGCUCCUAUUUGGGACAUGAAACUUGAGAGUUCAACCUUGUACCUGGGCACCGAUCAUGAAGUGGUGAAAUUCGACUUGACAAAAACCUGCACAAAGAUGGUUCAUUGUGACGCCUGCGUCUAUAACACACUGUGUGCAUACUGCAACAAUACUUGCGAUGUCAGUUCAUGUACAGGCACUGGUAACCCUAGAGCAGACCACAAUGAUGUGCAUCAAACUGAAAGCUUAGUGGGAGUUCUUAUAAAGAAAGCAAUUAUUAAAGAUAUUAAUAACAGUACAGUUCCCAUUACUCAGCCAGCUUUCGAGGGAGCCUACAGCACACUUCAGAUCAAGUCACAAAAUGUCCGCUUCACAGGUGUCACUUGGUUUAAAGAAGCAAGCACAACGAAUGGAAGGAAAAAGAGAAGCCAGGCAGAUGCGGACACUGUUGUUGAAGACCCAACUAGAACUGCUACAUCUGAAUCUGGCGAUUUAAUUAUUCGCAAUUUGACAAUAAAAGAUAGUGGUAUAUAUAUUGCAAAGAGCGCAGAUGAUGGGCGAAUACUAGAAAAGAUACGAUUGAACGUUCAAACUUCAACAGAUAAAGAAGACAUGGUAGAAGUUUGGAAACAGGCCUUCAAUGAUUGGUCAUCAUCCUUCAGAAAGUGGCAGGACUGUUCUUCAAAUUAUUUGGAAACCUGUCAAGCCACACGGUCACCCUGAUAUGUGUUGUUUACCUUCUGAUGUCAGGCAUCUUGGUCACAUCUUAAGCCCAAGUCUCACUAUUGCCGGUAGAGCCCCGGUCCAUCACAGUUUGCUAACGCCGGUCGACCGGCGAGAACUGGGAUGAUUUGUAUAAAAAAUUUAAUGCAGUCACACUAUUACCCGGUGCCGCCCCGGUUGAAGCUGGUCAACAACCCGGCAGAGUCCCGGUCAACCCGCGACUAGCUACGGUUUAUCCCGGUGAAGCCCCGGCAGGGCCCUGGUUGUCACCGGUAAUGCCCCUAUGGAACCUCGGUGGAAGCCGGCAGGGCCCCGGUAUACUAUAACUCCGCCGGCACUCCCUGUGGCUAUACCGGCAUCCGACGCCGGCAGAGCUACAGCAACAACCCGGUUUUACCCCGGUCAUCGCCGGUAAUGCCCCCGCGGAGCCCCGGUGAACGCCGGUGGCGUCCCGGCAGAGCACCGAUGUACCAUAGCUAUACCGGGACACUUCCGGCAUUCACUGGGGCUCCAUCGGCAACAACCAGGGCGUUGCCGUAGCUCUUCCCGGGUCUGUAUGGGCCCGGUGGAGCUAUGGUUCCGUCCCAGUUGUUCCGGGUGCCGUCCUGGUUGUUCCCGGUGCCGCGCCAGUCGUUGCCGGUCCUUCCCUGUGACUCCCGGUUCAUCCCGGAGGUAUUAAACAUUUUAAUACUUUCUGGGUGGAGCCCCGGUUCAUCCCAGUCAUUCCCCGUGGAGCCUUGGUUUAUCCCGGUAGAUCCCUGGUUCACGCACCGGGGCUUCACUGGCAUCAUAGUGAGACUGGGCCUUUACCAUCGUUUUAUUAAACUUUCGAAAAUUCCAGAAUGUUUACCUGAGAUAAUUAGAUUGCAAAUGUCCUUAGCAAAGACAAGUGAAGGCAGGCUAUACUACUCGUUAACAUAAAUUCCUAAAUAUUGAAGGGAGUAACAUAUGACUUCAUAUAUAUUGAUAGAGGACAUUUUGAGUAAGGGCUCUGGGUACACAGACUGAAACCUUUUCUAAAUUAUCUUUCAAAUUAUUGCCUUUUGUUUUUCUCUGAGAACAAAUAAUACUUAGUGGGAAUCAAAGUGACAACCCAUUUUUGUGGUAUGAUGUGUUUUUUCGUUAUUUUGAAAUCUAAAUAUAUAUUGUGUGAUUAUGCACAUAGGUUGCCCAGCAAAGGCUUAACACAUUUCAUUAAUUUGUUACCAUUUUGUAAAUAUUCAUAAAUAUAUAUAAACUUCCAUAAAACCGAAUAACAGUUAAAAGCAAAACAGACUAACAAACAAAAUUAUGAUCGAUGCUUUCUUUAGUUUCACAAAGCCAACUUGAAUAUUUGUUACCGUGACUGUGUUGUCUGUAUUUGUAACAAAUGUUUGCAAUUAUUUAUUAUGCCCCCCUUCGAAGAAGAGGGGGUAUAUUGCUUUGCACAUGUCGGUCGGUCGGUCUGUCGGUCCACCAGGUGGUUUCCAGAUGAUAACUCAAGAACGCUUGGGCCUAGGAUCAUGAAACUUCAUAGGUACAUUGAUCAUGACUCGCAGAUGACCCCUAUUGAUUUUGAGGUCACUAGGUCAAAGGUCACAGGUGAAGGUCACAGUUACGGGAAAUAGGCAUUUUAAGGAUUAAGCAUGGUUCAAACAAGGGAAACAACUACGGUGUAUGCAUGUUCUUUUUAUUACAGAUUUGCCUCCCUUUAAUUCAUUCAAAAUCUCAUUUUACAGCAGAGAUUCCAAAUCUGACCUGUAAAUGAGCCCCAUAUUUACUGCCAGUGCUAGGUUACCUUUUCCCAUUUGAUCAUUCUUAAGUAUUGGUAUUGUAAUGCUGCUACUGCUGCUGCUACUGCUACUGCUACUACUACUACUACUACUACUACUACUACUACUACUACUACUACUACUACUACUACUACUACUACUACUACUACUACUUCUACUACUACUUCUACUACUACUACUACUACUACUACUACUACUACUACUACUACUACAUGUACUACUACUACUACUACUACUACUACUACUACUACUACUACUACUACUAAAUUAGUCAGUGAAAACCAAGAUUUGGUCAGGGAAAAGUCAGUGAAAAGUCGGGGAAUUUUAUUUCAUCAGGUUGGUGGCAACCCUGAUAAACUACAUAGCAACUUCAUAUUUGGCUUACUGGGGGGCAUUGUGUUUCUCAAAGAAAUCUUGUUUAAUUUUCCUUAAUGUUUUAGUAAUUUGUUUACUAGUUACUAGUAUAUGAUUUUUAGCGUUUAAAUUCUUGCCCUGCUAUUUGAUAUUACAUGAAUUGUUUUUCCUGUUGAUUUAACAGUAAUAGAAAUUUCAUAAUUAAUGUAUUAGUCACUUUCACAAAGCGAAUUGUUAACACUGAUCAUUUAUUUAAGGGCAGGUUUGCUUAGUUGGAAGAGCAUUGGACUAAUAAUCUGAGGAUCACAUGUAUGGAUCCCUGGUGGAAAUAUUUAACAUAUGUUGGGACUGGUCAUGCAAUCCUUAUUAUGGCCAUUAUCCCUUGUAUUCUGGUUCAAAUAGGGCAGUUUACAGUUAUGGGUAUAUAUAUGUGCAUAUAUAUAUGUUAGAACUGGUACACCAGCUAAUACAGGAAAGUGUGAGCUGUUAAACAAAAAGGCAUAAAAUGACUUAAAUACUGUUGUAAACGGUAAAAAACUAAACAAAUAAAAUCAAUUCGAGGGCUAAACGGAAGACUGUUGUAACUCAUAUUAAAUAAAGAAGGAGAUACUGCAGUUUUCCGUUCAGCCCUCGAAUUGCAUAUGUACAACAGUGAAAUUUAAAACUUGUCAUAAAUGUCCAUAAAAUCUUUCCAGCUUUUCAUGAUGGUCUCCCAACCUACUCCAAGUUUUUGUUGUUACUGAUUGUUGUAACAGUUAAUUGUAGAAUAGUAAGACGCUAAACAUAAAUUGCUAGUAAUUAAUGAUAAUAAGUAAAACCAUUGCUUCUUUUUUUUAUUUAUGCAUCAGUGUUAAUGUUUCGUUUAUUUUCCUUCAUGUCACUAUCUCGGUUUAUGUGAUAUUUUAUAUAUGGUGUUCAGCGUUACUAGUAUUUAUUUACGUUUCAUAUUGUGUGACUAAAUGUUUUGAAUAAUUUUCAUAAUUUGUGCAUAUUGUCCUUCUAUUGUUCAAAGGGGAGACGGGAUGAUUAUGCUUUGUCUGAUAAAUGUGGAAUAUAUUGUAAUUGAAUUAUAAUAUUCUCCACAUUUAUUGGUGAUGCAAAUAUAACUACAAUUGUUGUAUACUGCAAAGCAAACAACUCCCUGAACUCCUGAUAAGCCUCAUUCACACAGCAUUAUAUAUAAUAAGCAUGUCAGUACUGAUUUAUACAAUCUUGCCUACAGCAAUCGUUUUUGUGUGUGUUUUCUUCAGUGUUAAAUGCAUGUCUCUAUAUGUUGUUACUUCUAUGAAAAUAAGUUUUGAAGAUGUUUGCCUUUGAAUUUCUUACUAUACUAUAAUAUCAUUAAAAUGAGAAAUUUACUCCUAUUAUGUCCUUUAUGUUUUCAUUUACAGCCAAACAAAUUAUACUUAUUGUGUUUGUAGGUGUAGUUUUGACAAGUAUUGCUUGACAUUUUGUGUAAUCAAAUACUUGUAUAUUCACCUACUAUUUGGUUUUAGAUAACUAACUUCAAAUGAGAACAGCUUCAUAAGUUUACAAAUAAUACAUAACUUUCGCUUUUGACUUUGGUUUGUGAUAUUGUAAAAUUUAACAACAGCUGAAAUGAUAUCAUAAAGAAUUUUAUUGUUUGUAUAUAUUUUCAUGAUUAGCUGUACAUAUUUUGUAAAUCAUGCCACUCCUUCUAAGUUAAACCAACUUCUUCUCCGCUAUAGCUAUAUUCAAUCAAAUAUCGCGGCGGGCGUGUAUUUUAUAGGUCUUUGGUUAAACAUACCUUGUGAUCAUUGUGUAACGAUGUUGUUUGAUAUCGCAGGAAAUACAUAAUAUAAAUUAUAAAUAUAAAUUAUAUACAUGUGUGGCUUCACCAUUUGUUCUUUCCAUAUUUUGUUUAUUGCUGAGAAUUCUGUGAAAUAAAACUGUGCUCUUGUU